UCUACCCAGGCUCCAAAUGACAGAUGAAAAGACGUCUUUUCGUGGUCUUUUCACCCACGAAAAGACCACGAAAAGACGUCUUAAUAACACCUCAUCGGACCAACUGUCAUGGCGUGGUAAUGUAUACAUCUUGGUCUUAAUGUAUACAACUUGGUUGGUAAAGAAAAUAAAAACGUGCCGUUUUCAAGCAAGUAAAAACGAAAAAAAAUCUUGUUUUUUUCUUAUAGCUGUCAUUUAUUUAAAAUUCAUACUUAUUCAUUCAUAUGCCAUAGCUGUGUGUAGUACCCCCCCUUUACCGGUGGCUAUCCUAUCUUUUUCUGUGUUAUCAAUUAUAUAGGGUUAUAAGUUGAUUUGAACUUGUGCUUACCGAGUUGCUUGUUCUCCAUCUGAUCCGUGUGAGCUAUUGCGGUUGUGUUGUGUCGAGACGUAAACAUCCAAUAAGAGAAGCAACCAAGCAACAUGGAAAACACACCACGCAAGAUUGUGGUGCUCAAUAUGAGAGACGGAAAAUAUGUUUUAUCCGAGAAGCCGCAGCCUACAGCUUCCUCAUCACAACCAACACUACAUCCAGAUUUUAUAAAACAACUACCGACGGCAAAAAAUACAUCAAAGAACAUCCAACCUGCAACAAACAUCGUUCACCGCAGUGUUUCCGCAGCUUCCUCAUCACAACCAACACUACAUCCAGAUUUUAUAAAACAACUACCGACGGCAAAAAAUACAUCAAAGAACAUCCAACCUGCAACAAACAUCGUUCACCGCAGUGUUUCCGCAGGUUUGUAUGGUUUUCUCGGCAUGCGUUUAAAAGAUUGGGAGCAGUAUUAA